AUGGUCAACUUCGUCGAGAUCUUUGCUGGCGCUGCCGCAUUCUCCACUGUCGUCGCCGCAGGUGGCUAUGGCGGCUAUGGCUCCCCAAGCUACGAGGCUGAGAAGCCUCACUACGAGGCCGAGAAGCCUCACUACGAGGCCGAGAAGCCAGAGUACCAGCCCAAGGAGCCAGCUUACGAGGCACCAAAGCCAGAGUACAAGCCUGAGGAGCCAUCGUACGAGGGCCCCAAGUACGGACCAGGUUACCAACCAGGUUACCCAACCAAGUCGUACUACCCAACCACAAUGAGGACCACCACCAUCCCAGCAACAACAACAACUGCUACCACCUCGACCACCACUACGACCUCGGCCACGACUACUACCACCACUGUACCAGUCGUGCCAACUCCAUACAACAUCUACAUCGGCAACGUCCUCACUGAUGCGAUCACUGAGUUCCUCCCAGCCAUCGGCGACGCCGCCUUCGUAGCGAACGAUGCAGAACUCGCUCAAGACCUCCUGACCUUCGGCAACUUCCUCGACACCGAUGUUACCGCCGACGUCUUCAUCUCCUCGCCAAACCCAGAGACUGGUGAUGACUCUGUCCUCUUCGACUCCACCACUUCGCAGUUCGCCCUUGCCAACGUCGGCAACCAGUUCCUGACCACCACCGAGGGCGAGACCGCAUACUACGUCUUCUUCGCCGAUGCCGCUGACGCUGUCGCUGGCGAGGGCAACCUUUUCGUCACUGUCGCUCAGGAUGAGGAUGACGAGUCUCUUGACCUCCGCAUUGCCUUCCCUCUUGGCGAUGGUAUUGCCUCUAUCAACGUCCUCAGCGUCUGCCCAGGCGAGUCCCUCGACGAGGUCUUGGUCAUCUCUACUGGCGAGCUCGUCGAGUGCACACGCGUCCAGCUCAACUACGUCGACCUCGUCGGCGACGACAACUAGAGUGAUGGUCAUGACAUGAGAUCGAUGAGGAUGGGAGCACGAACGAUAAAGACCAGACGAGACCCUGCUGAGGCUGUUGCUGCCUGCUAUUGUGCCUAAUGGCAUGUUUAUAAUUCCG